AUGCAGGAUACUGAAGACCGCAGUCUGACAGCCCUGUUGGAGAAGGUGACGGUGUUUCCACGUUUUACCUUCAAUCCAAAGGAAGGCAUCGAUAACCCGGCCCUGGUCAUCGCUGAUGAUCCUGAACCUGAUGAGGGUCCGGUCCCCAGACUGUGUCACCUGAAGCGCCAGGAGGGACAGAGCUUUGGCUUCUGUCUGCGUUUGGACACAAACAGCCGCAGCUUCGAGGUCACAGACGUGGAGUCCUGGAGUCCUGCAGAGCACAGCGGCCUGAAGGACGGAGACCGAGUCCUGGAGGUCAACGAGGAGGGCGUGGCCGACAUGGACUUCAGCAGGGUGGUGAGGAAGAUCCAGUCAUGUGGUUUCCAUCUGUUUCUGCUGGUGCUGAGGAAAGACGAGUAUGAGCAGGCAGUUGGUUCAGGUCUGGACCUGCAGAGUUUGGCCAAAGCCUCUAAAGGGGACAGCUGUUCCAGACCCAGACUGUGUCACAUCAGCAGACAUUCUGAGCUGGGCCUGGGCCUGAACAUCAUCCCACUGGAAGGUCACAGGGGUCAGUACAUCCUCAGUACAGUUCCUGACGGUCCAGCAGAAGAAGCCGGAGUGUGCAGUGGAGACAAACUGAUCUGGAUCAACGGCGUCCCAGUGUCGACGCUCUCGUACUCGUCUCUGAACAGAAUAGUGAAGAAGAGCGCAGACUCGGCCACGCUGCUGGUCAUCGACAGCGACGGCGAGUGUUGUUACGCCAGGAGGAAGAUGCCCAUCCUGCCCGUGUUGGCCGAAUGUCGCGGCCUCGCGCACGCAGCCAAAACCAUGCAUCUGGUUAAAGGAGCGGACGGCUACGGCUUCCUGCUGAGACAAGAGAAGCUGGCAGUCACACAGGUGAUAGAACAUGUCCUGCGGGAGGUGGAUGAUGGGAGUCCAGCUGAAGAAGCUGGGAUGCUGGAUGGAGACCUGCUGUUGGCCGUCAACGGAGAACCUGUGGAGGCCCUGGAGCACGAGGACAUCGUCAAAAAGAUCCGACAGAGCGGCGAUAAAGUCCGCCUGACUGCAGUGUCUGUAGCAGGAAGACUCUUCUACAGACAGUUAGGGAUUUCCCCACUGCUGUUCCACGAGGACUCUGACGUCCAGGACAACAGGCAGAGGACGUUCUCCAACGGCAGCCAAAGAAGACUUUCGGUAAGAGCCAGUGGUGGAGGUACGGAACUGGGCCAAAGUUUGAGGUGUCCUUUAGAUGAGGUCUUCUGA